GGAAGGACUCUUCCGAACUUCGUGACUAUACCAGCGCAGGCGAAGUCUUGUUGGACGGUCUGAGGGUGGGAGGUAAGAUGAUCUGCUCGUCAAACCAUUAUCGUCGAGGGAGUAUCUGCGAAACGUCCUUGAGCUACGUUCAAACCUCGUCUGCUUCUAUCAGACAUUUUGUGUUCUCUGAACCUCAGUUUUCUGAUAUGGACGACAUGUCGAGCUCAGAGCUAAGGGACCAAGGCCAAAUAAAACUCGUUAUAUGGAAAGCCAACGUAUUCGUAGGGAACACCAGAAGAGCAUAUCCCAGAGUGGGGCCCACACAAACCAUACGCGAACGAUCGAGGAAUGUAUUAGCGCAUUGCAUUGGAUUCGAUAAAGAAGAAGAGACUGAACCGAUGUUCAAAUUUCGUGCUAAACGUUUGGAUAGGAAGCCCCUGGCGACGUUCAUAUUUCGUUAUAGGAGUCUAGAGGUACUACAAGCCAGAGGAGUCAUUCCACGCAACUCGAUCCAGCUUGUAAAUGGAGGUGGCGGCGAUGAAGAAUAUUAUGUAAAACUGAUCCAGUCUUUGCAGGACACGCUGAAGGCAGCCCAGGAAAAACUCAACGAGCUUCAGAAAUUGAAUAUGCAGUCCCGAACCACAAGUGUUUCUCGUAAGAAGGCAAGGACUCGUCCGUCCAACGAUCAUCAGCAAAAAGAAGUUAUCGACUUGACUUGACCGUUUCUAACACUUCAAGUACCCACAUCCCUCUCUCCAAAUGUUUUUAGUAGCAAGCCAUCGUCGUCUUGUACCUUCAAACGCAACCAGCUCCUUUAUGUAUCAACACUCUGCAAACCAAUAUGCACGACGGCCGCCUUCGUGUUGGAUCAUACUACAGCAUUUCCAAAAACACGUAAUACGAAUGCAUAUGAUGAGACACAUCACUCGAUCUCUAGUAGACUUCGUGUCCAAACACAUCACUGACAAUCGUCUCUGAUCAUUUCGACCUUCAUACAAGCCACGAAAGGGUAGCAUUUGGUCCUGACACAUGCCCUGCAUCGUUACAUUUUCAGCGCAAGACAAUGAUCUCAUUAUAUUCGACCUGCAUUGCAGCGAUCGUACGUCUCCAUUCAAAGCACAGGCAAAUCCAAUCCAUCUUGAAGUGGCCAUUGUCAACGCUUGUCCCGUUGGGAUCACAGCCCCUGAUACAUACAGAGUCACAGCACUGUUUGCACCCCUUCCUGAAGAAUGAUGUACCCAUACACUUCCCAGCAGAUCAACUUGGUACCGCGCAAUGAACGAAGAAAGGUAAAAUGGUAGUUUAAAGGGAUUUCUUGCAGUUCGAGUAUAACGGUCACUAGUGCCCCUUUCUGCCAGCAGUCAUGAAUACCGCGCUGAAAAACAUGGACGAAAGUAUCGCUGUGAGAUCAGGUAUCAUGCAGUAUACCAGCUUUGGUCUUCUUGUCGAUGACUUGAAAGCCCCCAGGGUGAUGGCGUGAAGAUUAACCCCACUAGAAUGAGGUAUUGGACUCGAGGGAGAGCCAGUGGGGGUCGCGAUGUUUGAUGGUCGUGCUAUUUCCUUGAUAGCUAGCUGGCCGCUCGGUCAGUCAAAACGAAUUCACUGUGUCAUCGCAGGUAUGAACUAGACUGGACAGGUCUUCAGCGCUUCAGCAAGGUGUAUGAAACUGACGUUAAUGGCUGAAAGGACUGGGCCAACUAGUAACUAUUAGUUGGACUGCACAACUUUUGUUGAUUAGAUCUGAAUUCCUGACCCUUUACCGGAUAUUCGAUAUCUAUCUUUCGACACGCAGGAACAGAGCGCCACGGCCGCGGUGUUGCGCGGCAGAGUCGUACGAACUCUUUCCAUAGUACCGAACAGCACUUCUAGGUUUACGUAAAACUUGUUUGCCAAGUGUUUUCUUUGUCGCCCACCGUAAAAUGACUAGCGGCACCUCACACGUCGACCAUGGCGACUCUCUUUCUUCUCUCUUUCACGCGUCAAGAAUAUUGACUGAUGGUCACGUUCGGCGUACAUCAUUGGGGGUGAAGACGUAUCUGUUCCAAAAGUUUCCCGUAGUGAAGUCUAUGGCCUUUCAGAUCCGUUUUGCACAGCAGCAUACGACAACUUGAAGGAAAGGAACAGCAAGGCAAGACUCUUUUGAGCGGGAAGCUGUCGAGGUGUCCGAAAGACGCGAUCUGGGCAUGAGGACAAUUGUCUUGAUGCAUACAAAACAUCCUCACGCAAGCCGGUGCUGUAUUUGACCCUAUCUGCAGAACCUCGACUUCGACGUGCUCUAGGCUUGAACGGAUAAUCCUAUAGACUGUGGUGAUAGGGCUGGCUGGCUAUAUGCGUGGGUAAUGUGAAAGAGAAGUCCUGUGAGUGAAUUUCAAGUGAUCUGAGGGCCGUUCUUGCUCCUGUGCCCUGCUAAUGGUAUCCAGGUCGGUUUUAUAUGCAGGACCCGCUCCUGUAAGUCCAAGCAGUUAGAUCGUUGUUC